UGCGCUGUGAAACAGUACCCGGAUAAUGACGUAAACAAGAUGGCUGCGCAGUGGUGUUUAUCUUAUUGAUUCACACGCACUGAUCACAGAAAUAAAACAGUCAUUUGUAUUCCACGCAGUUUAUUUUCAGCAACGAUUAUAUUCAUAACAGCAUUCCUCUGAUUUUUCCGAGUUUUGUUGCGGUCGGAAGGACCACAUUUGGAAGACAAUCUAAUAUCAACAUGUCUGCCAAAGUGGACACUGUGGAGAGAAGUGAGUCAAGUACAAAAAGCAGAAGUAGUUCUCACAGCAGAGGAAGAGACAACCGGAAACGAGCAAGAAGCCGAAGCCGAUCAUCCUCAUCAUCUUCCAGUUCUUCAUCUUCCUCCUCCUCCUCCUCCUCCUCCUCUUCUUCACAUUCUUCAUCCAGCAAUUCAUCAUCACAUAGCAACUCCAGCUCCAGUAGCUCAGAUCCUUGCAAAAAACGACGAAAAUCUUCGAAGAAAAGGAAAGAUAAUCACGGCAAAAAGAAAGGAAAAAAAGAGAAAACGCAUAAGCGGAAGAAGGAAAAGGGACACAAAGAGCAGGACGACAGCUUUGGACCUGUUCAAAUUUCAAAGUAUCUUAAGGAAAAGAAGAAAACUGGCAAGUUCAGUAUGAUUUCAGGGAAAAAGAUUAAAAUGAAAGUGAAAAAAUCAAAGAAGGACAAGCAGAGGGACAAAAACAGAGCUGAACUGCUGGAGUUCUUAAACUCAACUUUCUGAUUCAGUUCAUUAUUCACCUGGCCGCCACUCAGGGAAGGACUAUCUUCAACUAUUAAUGGGUUUGCCUGAUGUUAUACAUUGACAGUUCCUUACCAUAAACUAUGUGGAUGGUUGUCCUCCUUUUUUUUAAUUCCAGACUGUGUCCUGAAAUACUUAUUUUACGUCUGAUUAACUGUAUCCUAUAAGGACUGUAGCUUGGAUGUAACGUUGUUACAUGUUACUGAAAUUGUCAAAAAACAUGAAGGUUGUAUAUCUAAAAAACUAUUCAAAUUUGAAACAACAUAGUAGUCAUGUUGUUCCAGUGGCGUGUUUCUUGUUAUCCCAUGAUAAUCUGUGUAUUUAUUGUGCUGAGCCAAAUGCAGAAGCACCACUAGCGGGUAGUUGAAAGCUUACGAUCUUCCUUUGUGAGACACGUGCAUCUGACAUAACUCAUGACAAUGCUGUUAAAUAAAUUUCCAGUUUGUGUCCUUUA